AUGUCAAACUCAGAAACCAGUACCGCCAGCCCGCACCGGCAUCCCUCAUUCGCCAAGCCGCGCCAGACAGCCGGCAGCACCCCCGCGACACCGGGUGGCGACGUGAAAUUACCCGCGGGCCUCUACUCUCUACUCGUCGUGACCCAUCUGGAUUUCAACCCCCCAAACCACCACGGUUCAUUCUCAACUUUGUCGCCAUGUCGGAAAAGACUACACCGCAGGGCCCUCUCCACGCACAAGGUUCGUGUGCCACGUCCCUGGACGCCAUGGCUGCAUUCGCGUGAUGUUGACGGAGACAAAACAAACAAAGAAGACAAAACUUCUUCAACAGCAGGGCGUGACAACGAGGCCUCCGCGCGAGCCAUGUCCGCGGCGGACGAGUGGAGGCCCGCUUUCGACAGACGCCAGAGCUGGAGCAAGGAGGACCAGAAGCACGCCCUGCAGAUGAGGGCCGUCGAGGGCGUCAAGACGGGCCUCGGCUUCACUGAGAAGACGCCCUGA